AUGUCUAAAGCACUGCGUAUUUUGGUGCCCGUUAAGAGGGUCAUCGACUAUGCCAUUAAACCAAGAAUCAAUAAAGCCGGCACUGGUGUCGAGAAAACAGGUGUGAAAUUCAGCAUGAACCCAUUCGACGACAUUGCCGUUGAAGAAGCCGUGCGCAUCCGGGAAGCGCACAAGAAACUGGUGGAAAACAUCCAUGCAGUGUCGAUUGGACCUACUAAGGCUCAGGAUAUCUUGAGAACAGCACUGGCCAAGGGCGCCGAUACGUGCACGCUGAUCGACGCAAAGGAGACAGAAUUGGAACCGCUAGCCGUGGCCAAGAUUUUGAAACAGGUUGUCGCCAAGCAAAACGCGAACUUGGUUAUCCUGGGGAAACAAAGUAUCGACGACGACUGCAACAACACAGGCCAGAUGCUUGCUGGGCUCUUGAACUGGCCACAGGCCACGAAUGCGGCGAAAGUGGAAAUCGAUGAGUCGUCCUUGGUGGCAAAAGUGACCAGAGAAAUUGACGGCGGAGAAGAAACCAUUAGCGCACCACUACCGCUCGUCAUUACCACUGAUCUGCGUCUUAACCAACCGCGUUACGCCACAUUGCCCAACCUGAUGAAAGCUAAGAAAAAGCCCAUGGAGAAAAUGACCCUAGCGGACUUCUCAGACGUCUCUACCGAGCCUAGACUACAAGUUCUCAAGCUUGAAGAGCCACCUACCAGAUCUGCAGGCGAAAAAGUAGCUUCUGUCGAUGAGCUCAUUGAGAAAUUGAAAUCCGUGAAGGCUAUCUAG